AUGUUAACUGAUUUAGAUAAUUUAAACUUACCAGACGAUUUUAUUUAUGUCACAAAAAAUGGAAAAAAAUUUAAAAAAGCAUCAGGUGGAAUAGUUGUUAUUUAUAGAAAGAGUUUAGAAAAAGAGUUGAAUUUCUAUAAUACUGAGAGUCAAUUUGUUUUAUGGUUUAAACUUUCGAAAUCAAUUUUGUCACUUAAUUCAGAUGUAAAUUUUGGUUGUGUUUAUGUACCACCUGAAAAUUCUAAGUAUUCUACUAUAGAAGCUUUUGAAGAAUUGGAAAAUGAAUUGAAUAUCCUUACAAACACUGAAAAUAGUUAUAUUGCCCUAGUCGGCGAUUUUAACUCAAAAACUGGGUCUUUACCCAAUUAUAUUAUACCUGAUGAGUCAGUUGUUAGUAUGUUUGAUUUAGAUUGUGAUGCUGAUAUAUUAGAUUAUUUGUAUGAUUAUGAGAAUCUGACUCGAAACAAAAUCACCUUACAAAGAGUGUCUCAGUGUACAUGUAGACCUAAUAAGUAUGGUCAUAGACUGUUAGAGUUGUGUAGAAAAAAUAAUUUAUGUAUUGCAAAUUCAAGAGUUGGAUCAGAUAAAGAUAUUGGACUUCAGGCCACAUUUAGUAAAUCAGAUUCAAUUGUUAUCAACAAUAGAAAUGAUAAAACUUUUGUCAGGUGGAAAAGUGAACAGAAAUCUGAAUACGUUGAUCGAAUUCACAAUGAUCCUGAAGGUAUUUUGACCACUGUUAUGAAUAAACUGGACGAAUUGUCCGUAAAUAAUGAUGCAACUCAAAAUGAUAUAAACAAUAUAGUUUUAGAUAUCAGCAAAAAUUUUAAAGAUGCGGCAGCAGAAACGUUUGGGAAGAGAGCUGCUGAUGAGUUGCGUAACAUUUCUAAAAAGGACACAAAAGCUCUAUGGAAAAUCCUUAAUAAUCUAAAUGAUAGUAAAAAAAAAGAUAACAAUGACGAUAUAUCUCUAAAAGCAUUGUAUGAUCAUUUUAAAAUACUAAAUGAAACUGUUGAGACAGAAAAUGAUUUCGAACAAGAUUUGGAAUUUGAUACUCUAUCAGACGAUGUUGAGUUAUUUUUAAACAGUCCAGUAACAGAAGAUGAAAUUAAAAAAGUUGUUUCAAACUUAAAAAAUGGCAAAGCUUCAGGACGCUCUCUCUCGUUUUCAGUUAGAAAAGUUCAAAAGGUUAGCACCAUUGGCGGAGGAUACACCAGAAAUAAUCCCUCAGGAGUUCAUAGACCUGAUCUCCAAGGUGAAAUUGACCGACUAAUUGUAUCAGCAGUUGCACCGAAUACGUCGAAGGUUUAUCAACAAGCGUUACGGUCAUUCAAAGAAUUUAGGACCUUGUUCCAAUUUGAAGAUCUUUGGCCUAUUCCAUUACAUCACAUAACUAACUAUAUUGCCUAUAUGUCAUUCACUGGAACUGCGGCCUCAACUGUUAAAUCAUAUAUCUCUGGGUUGAGUUUUUUCAGUAAGAUUAACAACUAUACAGAUUGCUUUAAUACUUUUGUUGUCAGAAAGCUCCUCGAGGGAAUGAAGCGUUCUCAAAAUCGACCAAAGGACGUAAGGUUACCCAUAACACUUGAUUUAUUGUUAAAAAUUAAUAACGUUCUACCUGCUGUUUGUCAUAACGAUUUUGAAACUAAACUCUUCCAAGCUUCGUUUUCCUUGGCCUUUUUUGGUUUCCUACGUGUUGGCGAACUAACCGCUGAUCAUAAACACGCCUCAACCCAAUCCCAUGCAAUUGAAUAUAACGACAUUAAAAUAAAUCUAUCUAGUAUUGAAAUCCGCUUACGUUCAUCAAAGACUGACCAGUGCUGUACUGGAACUACAAUUGUUAUUGAUGUUAGGCCAGGUGAUGUUUGUGCCGUUUUCGCUUUACGUAAUUACUUAAAAGUAAGACCAAAUGUUGCUGGUCAAUUGUUUUGUCAUUUUGAUGGAACUCCUGUCACUAGAUACCAAUUUUCCGGAGUCCUUAAAAAGUCACUGAAUGUUUUGGGUUUAAGUCAAGGAAAGUAUAGUUCUCAUUCAUUCAGGAUAGGUGCUGCCACAAGCGCUGCCAUGAACGGAUUAUCUGAUUCUGAAAUUCAGGCUAUGGGUAGGUGGAAGUCUGAUGCAUUUCGUUCAUAUAUUCGAAUACAACAAUGCAAUCACUUUAGUGGGACUAACCGCUAUUUAAGAAUUGCAGGUUCACCAAUUACAAUUUGGAUUGUUGGUUCCUCCUUAGUGAAAAAUGCAUUUGUUCAAGCUAGAAGAAGACCAGGUGGCAUUAAUCUUGGCCUAGAUCACAUUGGUGUUCGGCUGUGGUGGUUAGGUAAAAGCGGAAUGCGGCUUAAGGAUCUACUAAAUAGGAUCAAGCUGAUGCUUAGAUACGAAGAACCCCCGAACUAUCUAGUUAUACACAUUGGGGGAAAUGACUUAGGAGAAAUUAAGACAGGAGUGUUACGUAAUAGACUAAAACAUUAUGUAAAUAACAUUACAGAACUUUUACUAAAUACAACAUUGGUAUGGUCACAAAUUUUGCCAAGACUCACUUGGCAUUAUUCCGCUAAUAUUGAUGCAAUGAAUAGAUCCAGGCAGCGAAUAAACAGCUCUCUAGCAAGUUAUAUCAUUCGCCACGGGGGACAUUACAUACGAUACCCAGAUAUAUCUCCUAAUUCUACAUUUAUAUGUCAAGAUGGUGUACAUCUGACUGAUAUUGGUAAUUACAUUUUUAUAAAUACAAUUCAAGGCGCUUUAGAGGCUUUCCUUGUCUACUCACCACACACUUUUCCCGAAUGUAAAUCAUGAACUUUUAAGAUAUUCAUUUGAAUUCAGUUUUUAUUAGAUAUGUAUAGCUCUUUUAUAUCUUAUAUAAUUAUUGUAUUUGGCCCACAGCUAAUACGCAGCUCUAUCCGCUUGGAAUGGCGGUUGACCUGUCAGUCAUUUAUGACUGCCUUGGUCAAUUUGGCACAUUUCGCUGCGUUUACUUUAGAUAUGCGUCAUUUUGUCGCAUAUUUCAAUUAGCAUCCAAAACAUUUGAUAUUGGGGGUCUCUGUAUCCCAGGACCCACCACACAAAAAAUAAUGAAUCUCUGUAUCCCAGGAUUCAUUUUAUUUUAUUUUAUUGGAUGCUUCAUUUAUUGUAAAUAUUUAGUUAUCUAUCUAGUUAGUUAUCUAGUUAUCUUUUGUAGUCUGCCAAUAUGAAAGGUGACUACGUUCAUUUAAUUAUCUAUCUGUUUGCUAUAUAUAUAUCUUAACUGUUUAUCUAGUUAUAUGUGUUUAUAAUUUUGUAGUUUGUAAUAAAGCUGUGGCCAAAUACUGCCAAAACUGUGUUUCUGAUAUUUGCGCAUCAAUAAUAAAAGGAAAU